GCCGCCGCAACGGCCGCGCGUACCUCUAUCGAACCGUUGCAAAGUGACGAACGCGCACGCGGUAACGUAAACAAUACGAGUCUCCUAUUAGAGGGUGCGGAUUAGCGAAACAAGUGACUAUCGUGAUUUUUUUCCACUGGACAAUAAUUCGACGAGUGUAUCGCACACCCUCGUAGGUUGUUUUAUGCCCUGUCAAGGGUUCGUGAAAUCCGCAGUGCUCGCUUGUCUAUGAUCCAGGCGCCAAUGAAAAUGCUAUUGCGAGUUAUGAUGUAUUAAGGACCUAGUGUAAAAAUAGCAAGAUGGGAAGCGGAAAGUUUGGUUUUAUGGCCAAGAAGGACAAAGUGUUCGUUAGUGAUUUGAAGACUGAGUUUAGUAUUAAGGAAAAAUGUCGCAAGAUACAGAAAAAACUAAAGAAGACUGAAAAACAGAAGACUGAUGUUGAUAAGCCAGAAAAGCCGAUAUGGUGGAACCAAUGCAGUGGUUUGAGUGAAAUAGACCAGUACCUAUGGAUGGUCGGCGGGUCCGCCGGCGCUUUGGCGCUGACGGGGGUAGCUGCUGCGUCAGCGUUCUACCUGAGCACCAGGCCGAAGCCAGAGAAGCCGCUCGUCACGUUACACGAACAGAGCCUUCUAGAACCGGGUCCAGAAAUGGUACGCGUAUCCAAAUUCUACAAAGAAGCAAAGAACGGGCGUUACCUGCGUUUCCUUCAUGAAGAUACCCGCACCCUUUAUGAAACCUUUCGCCGAGGAGUGAAAGAAUCCAAUAAUGGAAAUUGUUUGGGUUGGCGAGAGGGACCAAAUAAGCCAUAUAUUUGGCAAACAUAUAAUGAGACUUUACUCAGAGCGAAAAACUUUGGUUCCGGUCUUAUAUGCCAAGGGUUAACACCUGGUCAAAACACAUUUGUGGGUAUAUAUUCACAAAAUUGUCCCGAAUGGGUCAUGACUGAGCAGGCCGCCUACUGCUAUUCUAUGGUCAUAGUACCUUUGUACGAUACAUUAGGAGCUAACGCAUGUGCCUUCAUUGUUAAUCAAACUGAAAUGGCAGUGGUUAUAUGUGAAGACGACAAAAAAGCCAACCUUCUAUUAGAUCAGUCCCCUCGCUGCUUAAGGAAGCUGAUAACGAUCAAAGAAGUAUCUCCUUCAACACAUCAAAGAGCAAGGAGUCGUGGCGUAGAGAUUAUCAAGUUCAGUGACGUUGAAAUACAAGGCGCACAAAAAGACUAUCCUUGUGUUGCGCCCAAACCAGACAGUCUAUGCACAAUAUGCUACACGUCAGGCACAACUGGCAUGCCUAAAGGCGUUAUGUUAACACACGAGAACGUAGUGGCGUCGAUGUGCAGCGUGAUAAUGCAGUUGGGCGAGCAUCGACCGGCUAAAACUGACGUCAUGAUAUCCUUCCUGCCAUUAGCUCAUAUGCUGGAGCGGUGCUGUGAGAACGCUCUCUAUAUGAUGGGAGGUGCCGUCGGUUUCUAUAGUGGUGACAUUCGCCGUUUAGCCGAUGAUCUGAGUGCACUCAAACCGACAAUGAUGCCUGCCGUGCCCAGACUAUUGAAUAGGCUAUACGAUAAAGCGCAAUCCGAAAUAUCAAACUCGAAAAUAAAGAAGCUGCUGUUCAACAUGGCUUUGUCGGCGAAAGAAUCGGAAUUGAAAAGGGGCAUUGUUCGCGGAGACUCGAUAUGGGACAAGCUGGUGUUCCGCAAGGUGCGUGAGGGGAUGGGUGGCCGCCUGCGCAUCAUGGUGGUGGGCUCUGCGCCGCUGGCCGGCAACGUGCUCACCUUCGCGAGAUGUGCACUCGGAUGUCUGAUCGUGGAAGGCUACGGACAGACGGAAUGCACUGCGCCAGUGACUCUGACCGUUCAGGGCGACCAUGUCCCUGAACAUGUCGGGCCUCCCGUCGCUUGUUGUAAAGUGAAAUUAGUGGAUGUGCCCGAGAUGGAGUACUACGCGGCGCAGGGGCAAGGCGAAGUAUGCGUGCAGGGAGCCAACGUGUUUAAGGGCUAUUUCAAGGAGCCGGACAAGACGCACGAGGUCAUCGACCAGGACGGCUGGCACCAUACCGGCGACGUGGGCAAGUGGCUGCCGAACGGCACACUCAAGAUCAUCGACAGGAGAAAACACAUCUUCAAACUAUCACAAGGCGAAUACAUAGUUCCUGAAAAAAUUGAAAAUAUCUACAUUAGAAGUCAGUACGUUGAACAAGUCUUCGUGCACGGAGAAUCGCUGAAGUCAUGCGUAGUAGCAAUCGUGGUGCCCGACGUAGACGUGGUGAAGUGCUGGGCUCUAGAGAACGGCAUUAAAGGCACAUUCUCUUCACUAUGCGAGGACGAACGCGUCAAGAAAGUUAUAAUGGACGACAUGCUGCAGUGGGGCAAGACUGCCGGCUUGAAGACUUUCGAACAGGUCAAAGACGUUUACCUACACCCCGAUCCGUUCUCAGUGCAAAACGGACUACUCACUCCCACCUUGAAGGCGAAACGGCCAGAAAUCAGGAGUUACUUCAAACCGCAAAUAGAGGACAUGUACAAACAUCAAGUAUAACAUCAAGUUUAACGCCCUGAGAUAAAGUCGUAGCAUUUCCAUAUUGAUCGAAAUGUAUGCUCCAAACUUUCGUCCAUCAACAUAUGGAAGUUACAGUCGCCUAAGAGCAUAUAUUGAAAUUAAUAUUGGCAAGUAGUUUUUCUACUAAACACGUAGCAGACUAUUAAACAGAGAAAGUUGUGAAUGUCAAUGCUGUUUUGUUUAAAUUGAACAGACAGUAUUUUAUGAAUUCGAAAUUUUAGUACGGCACGACUUUCGUUCGUUUUGCGACACUGCCUUCUAUAAUUUCGUUAUUAAUUUUUAUGGACAAAUUGUUGUCAUUACAUUUAGUGACAUAAUAAUUAACAUUGAAUAUAAACAACAAGUUCCUCUAAGUAAAAUUUAUCAAUUUUCG